CCCUCAUUGGUUGUACAUCCAAUAAGAAAAAACAAACGUAUGAAUAAAACAGCAAAGGUGUCUCGUCUUCUUUACUGAGCAGACAUGCUACAAAUAACUUCUGAGGAACUACAGGACAAACUACCAAUGACUUCUGAGAAACUACAGGGCAAAGUAUAUUUCACUAGCAAAAGUGGGAGGUGCGAGCAGAGAAAAAAACAUAUUGACGACCACUGCACACGAUCCGCUUUCGACCUCUGCUCGUCACUCCUACAAGUGAAGCAUCACGGCACUCACGUGUAGUGGUGACGUCAGUCUCGCGUGAUGAGACUUGUAGCGUCGGGAUUGUCUGUAAGACAGCAGGAGGAAGCUUGCAGUUAGCAGCUGAGCUUUACGCAAGGUGUAAGUACAGAUCCGGGACGUGUUAUCAAAAGCGGGACUGUGCAUUUACGCGGAAUAGAGUGUGACGUUUGAGCAACUCCCAGCCUAUCAAAUCCCCAUACUGCUUUAUCGGGUCGAAAACGGUGAUAGAACUUACCUUACAGACAGCUGUGUGCGGCAAAGAAGAUGCUGCCACCAUAGCAACAGCCCUCCCUCUCUUAGUCUGCGGCUCACUGAAAUCCAAGUUACUAGUUAAACUACAUCUGCUCUAGAAAACUAUGAUUAUUCCUCAAGAAGGUGUGUUACGGGACUAAAGCACUGACUGAUGGAAGAACAGAAAGAAAGUCCUGAUGAUACCAAAGGAGGCCAAGAAAGAGGAACUGUCCAUGUGUGGCAAGCUGGUACAAACCCAGUUAACCCAGAGCGGCUUCAAGGUUUGGGAGGGAAAAUAGUGCUACAAGCAAGCCUUGGGAAAAAUCAUGGACUAUUGCUAACUAGAGAUGGUCAAGUGUUUAGCUUUGGAAAACAACCAUGGAGGCAGGAAGAGACAACCCCGGAAACUCUUGUUUUAGAGAAAGCUCUAUGUGGAGAGCAAGUAAUAUGUGUGAGUGCAGGAAGCUACCACAAUGGAACUGUAACAGAAAGUGGAAUGGUUUACAUGUGGGGGGAAAACACUGCAGGACAGUGUGCAAUUGCAAACUGCCCAUCCAUACCAAAGCCUACAGCCAUUACCAUAGCUGACCAGGAGACUACCCCUCCAAGAUGGGUAAGGGCUAUACAGCUGUCAUGUGGAGAAGAACAUACCCUGGCACUGUCUGUCAGCAGAGAAAUAUGGGCGUGGGGCUCUGGCUGUCAGCUUGGAUUGAUAACCACCACUUUUCCAGUAAUUAAGCCACAAAAGUUGGAGCAUCUGUCAGGACGGGUUGUUCUUCAGGUUGUCUGUGGGGCAUUUCACAGCCUGGCCCUUGUUCAGUGUCCCAUUGCUCAGGACUUAAAACCUGUUCCAGAGAGAUGCAACCACUGCAGCCAACUGCUCAUUACAAUGACAGACAAGGAAGACCAUGUCGUCAUUUCUGAUGCUCAUUGCUGCCCACUGGGGGUUAUGCUGGCAGAAUCCCAUCCUGGCAGCAAAAGCAGUCCCACUUCUUUUGGACUUAGUGUUAAAAGCAUUACGAAGGAACAUGUAAUGACCCAUGAAGAAAAGGAGACUUCCCAAAAAUACCCCGAAUGUGAUACAGAGCUGGGUACAGAUGCUGCUAGCUUUUGUGAAACAGAAACUUCUCAGAUUUUUGGCAAAUCCAAUGACAUGAGCUCAUCACCCUCCUCUCAAACCGAGCAAUGUCUAAAGGAUGGAAUGGCAGAAAUUACACAGCUGCAAGAGCAGAAGCCAUUAGAAGAACUGAGUGAGAUUGCUGGGAGCUCCACUGCUAUCUCGGCAUCAGGUCUUAACAGUCUGGUGGUAUCUUGUGCCUCUGCUGUAAGUGUGAGGGUUGCCGCUACCUGUGAAGCCGGGGCUCUUUCACUCAAGAAAGUCAUGAAUUUUUACUCUGGAUCUCUGUGUGACCCAGGAGCUCAGCAAGCUAUCAGUUCCUCUGCACAUGAUGGACUGAAGGACAGCCGUGAAGAACAGGUUAAACUGGAAUCAAUGCAAGGCAAGAAGAGUUCCAGCCUUGUAGACAUCAGAGAAGAAGAAGCAGAUGCUGGAAACAGAAGACUUUCUCUGCCAGGCCUGCUGUCUCAAGUGUCUCCUAGACUGCUACGGAAGGUAGGACGAGCCAGAAUGAGGACCGUGGCUCUGACACCCACAAACAGUGGUGAAGCUGAUGUGCUUCUGCCCUCUUUGAAAACGGAGGUGUGGAGCUGGGGAAGAGGGAAGGAAGGACAGCUUGGACAUGGAGAUGUCUUGCCUAGAUUGCAGCCUCUCUGCGUGAGAAGUAUGGAUGGCAAAGAAGUGAUUCAGUUGGCAGCCGGCAGUCACCACUCAGUGGCUCUUACUGCCAGAUCUCAGGUUUAUUCUUGGGGCAGUAAUUCCUGUGGCCAGCUUGGUCAUCUGCAGUCUCCAACCACCAUACCACGUCUUGUUAAGGUGUGUGAAAGUGAUGGCGUGUGGUCUGUAGCUGCAGGACGGGAUCACUCCCUUUUUUUGGUACACAAAAAAGAAGAGUUUCAGCCUGCUGUGUUAUACUGUGGACUUCAAACAGCAAAUGACUGGAGUGGACCUGAUCCAAGUCAAUACCCAAUAGAGAUCGUUGAGUGUGGCAAGCUUGGCUACAUUUGUAGUAUCUCUGCUGGAGCUGAUCGAUGCUUAGCCCUGGUAGACCAAAAUAUGAUGGGUUAUAUUGGAAGUCUCCAUGAGCUAGCAGACACAGAAAUGCGCUUCUACAGCCACCUUAGUGAUAUGAAGUCUGUGAUACUCAGACCUCUUCUGGGGCUUGAUAACCUAGGUUCAGCCACUGCUCUUCAGCAACUACAGAAUAUGGCGACUAAAUUUAGCAAACUCUGCUACUUGAUUGGCCAGCAUGCUACCUCACUCGUUCACUUUCUGCGUGGAGCAAAGGAUGCCCGGAGCCUGUCUAUUCUGGAGCAUUCCAGUCUCUUCCUAGACAGCUAUACAGAGUAUUGUACUUUGCUCUCCAAUUUCCUUGUGAUGGGAGGAUUCACUGUUCUUUCUAAGACGGCAAUGGAAUUCUUCAGCAAGAACCAGGAGCAUUGGCAAAGUUUUUUUACUGGAAAUGAGGAAGGCAUUUCUAUGGCAGAGAAGCUGAAUUCUCUCUUUUUCUCACCGAUGAGUAGAUUACAAGAAUAUGCCCGGCUGCUACUGAAACUCGCAAUGUGCUUUGAAGUGUCCUCUCCAGAAUACAAAAAACUGCAAGAUUCAAGUUCAAGCUAUGACUCUCUGGCCUUGCUACUGAGCAGGAAGAAGAAGGAUGCAGAAUACACAUUAGGUUUUUGGAAGACCUUCCCAGGAAAGAUGACGGACUCCCUGAGGAAGCCAGAUAGGCGGCUAAUUUGUGACAGUAGCAACCGCGGCCUCUCCCUGCAGAAUGCAGGACGUUUUUCUGUCAACUGGUUCAUCCUGUUCAAUGAUGCUUUGGUGCAUGCCCAGUUUUCUACACACCACAUUUUCCCCUUAUCCACAGUCUGGGUGGAGACUUUGUCAGAAGAAAUGACCGGAGUCAAUGGUUUGAAGAUCACUACCCCAGAAGAGCAAUUAACUCUGAUUUCUUCAUCUCCACAGGAAAAGGCUAAAUGGCUUUGGUCAAUUAGUCAGGCAGUGGAUCAGGCCUUGAAGGGUGUGACGGAGCCACUUGCCCAGUCAGGUGGAAGCGUUCAUCGGCAGGAACCCCCAAUGUCACGCACUGCCAAGUAUACUUUCUACAAGGAUCCUCGGCUAAAAGAUGCAACCUAUGAAGGGCGCUGGCUUUCUGGAAAACCACAUGGCAGGGGGACUCUGAGUUGGCCGGAUGGAAGGAUGUAUUCUGGGACUUUUCGCAAUGGCCUGGAGGAUGGAUACGGAGAAUUCACAAUUCCAAAUAAAGCCUUAAACAAGAAUGAUCGCUAUGUGGGGCACUGGAAAGAUGGCAAAAUGUGUGGCCAUGGCACCUACUGGUAUGCAAAUGAGGAUGUAUACGAAGGGUAUUUUCAAGAUAAUAUGCGACAUGGACAUGGCCUUCUUAGGAGUGGAAAACUGACAUCCAAUUCACCCAGCAUAUUCAUUGGCCAGUGGGUAAUGGACAAAAAGUCUGGCUAUGGAGUGUUUGAUGAUAUCACCAGGGGGCAGAAAUUCAUGGGAAUGUGGCAAGAUGAUGUCCGGCAGGGUAACGGGCUAGUAGUCACACAGUUUGGCCUUUACUAUGAAGGUGCCUUUAACCUUAACAGGAUGAUGGGAUGUGGGGUUCUACUGUCUGAAGAUGACACAGUUUAUGAGGGAGAGUUCUCUGAUGACUGGACUUUGAAUGGGAAGGGAGUUCUUAUUAUGUCAAAUGGAGAUUGCAUUGAAGGGAUUUUUGGCGGAGAGUGGGGAUCUGGCAUCAAAGUCAGCGGCAUGUUCUCUAAGCCAAACUUAUUUGAUGGGGAAACUGAGAAGGCAAAAAGCUUGAAAUUAGGCCACCUUGUUGUGACAGCUGAUGAGAAAUGGAAAUCAAUAUUCAAUGAGUGCUGGUCCCAUCUUGGCUGUGAGAUUCCUGGGGAAGGUGACACACAGAAAGCUUGGGACAACAUUGCUGUAGCACUAACUACUGGUAGAUGGCAACAGAGAGACAGCCCAGAGAACCAAAGACGCUCACAAAGCCAGGCCCUGGAGAGUUUGGAGCUUAUUCCUCAGAACCUCAGCCCAUUUAACAUGGACAAAUAUGACAAGAUAAAGAUGUAUCUUAUCAAUGCUUGUGAGACGCCAGUGCAUCCACUUGGAAAGCUUGUGGAGACCCUAGUAGCGGUGUACAGAAUGACUUAUGUUGGUGUUGGAUCCAAUCGGAGGCUUUUAGAAGAAGCAGUAAGAGAGAUCAAGUCCUACUUGAAACGUAUCUUCCAGCUUGUGAGGUUUCUUUUUCCUGACCUACCUGAAGAGGGCAGCAUGAUCCAGCUGUUACCGGCCCCAAAAGAUUCCCCAGACAAGAUCCAUAUUUGUAAUGGGGGGACAGAAUCUGUUCCAGAUUCCCCAGAACCAGGAUAUGUAGUGACUUGCUCUGGACUGCUGCUCCCUGUACUGCUGCCAAGGCUCUACCCUCCUCUGUUCAUGCUGUAUGCUUUGGAGCAUGAGAAAGAUGAAAACGCCUACUGGGACUGUGUCCUGCGUCUCAACAAACAGCCAGACGUUGCAUUGCUUGCAUUUUUGGGAGUACAGAACAAAUUCUGGCCAACCACCAUUAAUUUCCUUGGUGAGACUACAAAGGUCUUAACAAGCACAAAAGACUCCUGUUUUGCCUCUGCAGUAGAAUGCCUGCAACAGAUAAGCACAAGAUUCACACCAUCAGACAAACUAAAGGUUAUCCAGCAAACAUUUGAGGAGAUCACACAGGAGGUACAAGGAAUGCUCAAGGAAGAUUUCCUUUGGUCUAUGGAUGAACUUUUCCCACUGUUUCUUUAUGUUGUUCUUCGUGCCAGGAUCAGAAAUCUAGGUUCUGAAGUGCACCUAAUAGAGGACUUAAUGGAUCCAUAUCUUCAGCAUGGAGAACAGGGAAUUAUGUUUACAACGCUAAAGGCAUGCUACUACCAGAUCCAACAUGAAAAGCUCCACUAGAAACUGACAGAAUUUGUUCUUCUGAACAAGUGGCAGGCACAUUGUAAUACUCUAAUACGCUUAUGCUGCACUGUGGAUGGAAGAUUGGGCAUCACAGUUACAAGAAAUGGGGGCCUUGAUCUUUGGCAUUCUACAGAAAAAUGAUUCAAUAUUUGGUUACAGCUGGAGUGUAGUUUUUUUAACUGAAGCAAAUGCUGCUUUGAAUUUUAUAAUGUUCUUAUGUGCUCUCAUGUCAAAGGGGGAAAACCCCCUUCCAAAAUGUUAGUGGUAAUUGGACUGACACUUGUUAAUGUAUAAGUAUGUUCUGUUCUAUGGGCAUACAUACAGCAUGAGUAAUCUGCUACUGAAAUAAUUGAGAAGCUACUUGUGAGAGCUGACAAUGUGUACAGAUUCUAAACUUCUGCAAGGAAGAUCCAUGUACCUUGGAUUACAAGGAUGGAGAAGAAGGGUCUGGCUACAGUAUUAACCAGUUCAGCUUAGGCUAUCAGGCUUUUCCUGAUGACUGUUGGAAGAGUAAUAUUUCUUCUAAGCUAAUAGCUUGGCCCCCUAACUUGGUCUUAUGAUCGAACUGUAAGUAAGUUACAUACCUCAUCAUAUUUCUCUGGCUCUAAUUUAUUUAGGCUUUUUGUUUCACUUAUACAAUAAAUUGUUUUGUAUAUACAAACGGCUGUACUGACAAACUGGAAGAAGGAUGUCCAACAUUCAUCCUCCAGCAAUUGAACGAAGACACCCAUCAACGGAGGAUGGCUUUACCUGAUCUAGUUGUUAUUUUUUGUGAAAGCAUUAUGGGGGCUAUA